CCGACAUCUUGUUUCAAUCCAGAGUAACAGCUUUUCGCCGUACGGGCAACCCACUGGGGAGCCGAGCCGGGGUUGAGCGCCCAGUGCAGGUUCUGGACUUUAGGUCCCUCGCGUUAUAGCUACAGGGUAUCAAGGACUUCGGCCAUGAAAGUGAUCUGAAACCAAUUUCCCACUAGCAAGACUGACCACGUUAAGCCAGGAGCUUUUAAAAUUGCAAUUGUCAAUACGGAUACAAUUUUCCUUUUUUUGAUUGCUUAUUGCCUUUUUGAAAAGGCAAAGAGGUAUUCUGAUGAGUUUAGAAUGAGUCUGCUUCAUCAAAAGCAGAAGACAAUGCCCACAAAUAAACAAAAACAGGAUUUUUAAGUCAUCUAAAACUAAAUUGAAACAUCGCGGGCUCUUCAAUUGACCAGAUUAAGUAUAAAACUUGAAUAUGGUGUCAGCUGAAAUGAAUCUUAAUAUGACAUCCUCCAUUACAAUUCCAACAGCUACAACUUUGGGCAAUUUCAUUGAGGUAUUAAACACAUCAUCUGGAGAUAGUAGAGAACAACUCAAUGGACAGAACCAGAGAGAAAUGAAUAAUACCACAUUUCAGGAACUUACGACAGGGGAAAUUGUUGCUGUCAGCUUUAUUUUUGGUGUGAUCUGGCUCAUUGCAUUGUUUGGGAACUCACUUGUUUGCCUUGUAAUCCACAGGAGUCGGAGGACACAAUCAACAACCAAUUACUUUGUGGUGUCUAUGGCUUCAGCGGAUUUGCUCAUCAGUGUGGCCAGCACUCCCUUUGUCCUUUUGCAUUUUACCACAGGGAGGUGGUUAUUAGGGGAUGUCAUGUGCAAAUUGGUUAGGUACAUUCAGUACCUUACUCCUGGAGUGCAGAUUUAUGUCCUUCUCUCCAUCUGUGUGGACAGAUUUUAUACCAUUGUAUAUCCUUUGAGUUUCAAAGUGUCUAGGGAGAAGGCUAAGAAGAUGAUUGCAGCAUCCUGGAUUUUUGACGCUGCAUUUGUAUCUCCAACUUUGUUUUUCUAUGGCACAGAAGGAGGUACCUGUAAUUUGUUCCUACCCCAGUCCUGGAGCGGUGUCAUCUAUGGCACUGUUCACCUUUUGCUGGGAUUUCUCAUUCCAUCUGUCCUCAUCAUACUAUUUUACCAAAAAGUCAUAAAAUACAUUUGGAGAAUAGGUACAGAUGGCAGGACCGUAAGGAGAACUAUGAACAUUGUACCUAGAACAAAGGUCAAAACAAUCAAGAUGUUUUUGAUGUUAAAUUGUUUGUUCUUGUUGUCUUGGUUUCCUUUUUAUGUGGUUCAGAUCUGGCAACCAGAUCAGAUGGAUUACACAGGGUGUUCAGCACUCUUUCUAUCCAUCGCACUGGUGUCUUUUAGCUCUUCAGCAUCUAAACCCAGCCUCUACUCAAUCUUCAAUGCAAACUUCAGGCGUGGUAUGAAGGAGACUUUCUGCAUGUCAUCAAUGAAAUGUUACCGUAGCAAUGCAUACACCAUCACUACCAGUUCCAGGAUGGCAAAAAAGAAUUAUGUUGGUAUCACUGACAUUCCUGCACCCACCAAAACCAUUACUAAAGAUACAAUAUAUGAAACAUUUGACAGGGAAGCAAGAGAGAAAAAACUUGCAUGGCCUAUAAAUUCAAAUCCUCCAAAUACAUUUGUGUAAAGUAUUGUUCAGGCUUCAUUUGUUGGCUUCACUGUGUGAAUGGAAAUAAGACAUUACAUUGAAAAAACAAGAUAAGGCAUUCAAUCAAUGGAAAAGUCAUUCCUCCAAUAAUUCUCCUAUCACAGAAUAUUAAAAUAUUUAAUAUUUAUAUUGUUUGUAAAAGACCAUGUAUUAUGCACAAUCAUGAUCUCAACUGUGAUUGCCUCAUCUAUUUAAAAUAUAUUUUACAGCAUCAAGAGCAAAGCAAAUGAUUCAGCUAGUAAAACAGCUCUACAGUAUUUUUAAAUCUAGGGCAUUUCACUGAACUUCAUGUUUUUAAUGUAACUAAUACCAGAUGGUGUUUAGAAAAAUCCAAUAAAAAUGAAUCAUAUUUGUAUUUACCUGUUUCUAGAUAUGCAUUGCAGUGUAAGUGUUAUUUUGUUUCAGAACAGUGUUGGAAUACAGGAACUAAUAACCAGAGAAGCAAUAUUAAUUGUCAUCACAUUGAUGGUAACUAUUAAAAGGGUUUACUAAGUAACUAUUAUCAUUCAGUGCCACUUAGUUUAAUUUCUCACUGUAUGACUAUGUUAUUUUGUUUGCACCACAGAACUAUUGUGUAGUUACUAAAACAUUUAUUUGCACAGCUUGUGGACUGCA